AUGAAUGCUUUGCAUUUGGAGGCCCCAGAAACACCACAGGAGGAAGAGCCGGAAGAGGGCUUUGCUUCACCUCCUGUUGCUGGCAAAUUCGAUCGGUCUGAUAUGCUUGAUAUUUACCUGCAUUUUCCGACGCAAUAUGAGCUUCUUGAUUGCCAGGGAUCAUCAGGCUACCGGCAAGAGGAAUGA